AAAGCCCCGGAUGCGGAAGUGCGGCGAAGGGACCAGGUGGGCGGCAGGCAGCAUGGAGAGCGAACAGCGGCGCUUCGACUCCGGCGAUCUGCCCUCUUUGCGCCGGAUGGUGUGCGAGCAAGGGCCGCUCUCCCGUCCCGACGGCUCCGUCUCUUGGAUGCAGGGAGAUACCUCCGUGUUAGUCGGGGUGUACGGACCCACAGAAGUGAAGGUCAGCAAGGAAAUCUACGAUAAAGCAACUCUGGAGGUGCUGCUCAGGCCGAAAGUGGGCCUGCCAGGUGUCUAUGAAAAAAGCAGAGAGCAGAUGAUCAAGAAGACCUGUGAGGCGGUGGUUUUGGGCAACCUGCAUCCCCGUUCUUCUGUUAUGGUGGUUCUUCAGGUGAUUGCAGAUGCUGGAUCCCUGCUCUCCAGCUGUUUGAACGCCGCCUGCGUGGGACUGGUGGAUGCCGGGCUGCCAAUGAGCUCCUUGUUCUGCGGAGUGACCUGCGCCUUGGACGCCGGUGGCAAUAUCCUCCUGGACCCCACGGCGAAGCAAGAAAAGGGUGCCCCUGCGGUGUUGACCUUCGCCAUCGAUAGCGUGGAGAAAAAAGUCCUGCUCUCCACCAUGAAGGGGACGUGUUCCGAAGAACAGCUUCAGCAGUGCAUUGCCACCGCGCAGCGAGCGGCUGAGACCAUCUUCCGCUUCUACCGAGAUGCAGCUUGCAGGAAGUACUCAAAGUGGUGACUGCUUCCCCGCCCACACACACACACACCAGCGGUACAAUGGGACAUUCCUAAGGAAGACGGGCUGAUGCAGCCAACAGCCUACCAAAAGCAGACUCUACUUUCCAGAUGUGCGCAGACUGCUCUUAACCCAGGUUGUGGAAGCAGCUGGCAGAUGGGACGCCAACAAGCUGGGAAUGCUGGCUACCUAAACACCAACAACCCUCAGCCUCCAGGAUUUCCAAAACGUACGUUAAGUAUCCACUUCCUGACUCCAGGAAAAGUUUCUGGAUCCAACGCAAUUCUUGCUCAGUUUUACCUACUUUUUUUUUUUUCCCCAUGCAACUCUUUCAGCCUUUCCUCUUCUCUUCUUGGCUGAAUUAUUUUCCCUUUUUUUUUUUUCCCCUCUUGGCUUCUGUCCGAAAUAAUCACACUUGUUUGUCGCAAAGCCAUGACCAGGAAGAAGCAAAGGAAAAAUUUAUCCUGGUUUGCUUAAUUGCUUGCCCUAUUUUUUGAUCUCUUGCCCGUGAGUCACGAGUCUGGCUCAUACAUCACCUGAAGCUACCAACUGGUUUGAUGGCAGGGGGUUGGACUAGAUGACCUCCCAGGUCCCUUCCAACUCGUGUUAUUCUAUUCUGCUUGGUUGGACCAAAGGUUCACCAGCCUUGGGUGGGUCACCUGGAAAGGCUUAUCUUCUCUGCCGAAAGGCUCAAUCUUAACUAGCCCCCCUUUUAGAGCCGUCAAUCGCCAUUUUUGAGAAAUUUGGGGAGAUUAAAGGCACCGGAAACAGAUAACAGGACUUCAGGAACGAGCUGUUAAGGUUUUUUUUUCUCCAUUUUUUUUUAAAAAAAAACUUUUCAUAAUCGGUAGAGGGAGCUGCAAGACCAGCAGAAGAAUUUUAGGGCUGCAACUCCCUCUGUUAACAAAGGAAAAAAAACUGCUGCUGAUUGAGGACUUGCUGCCCCUGAUAAAGAAAUUAAUGUCACGAAUAAAACGGCGAAAGUGAAACCCCA